CGGUGUCAGUUUAACCCGCGCUCCCAUCACGCUGGGUGAGACCCUGUGUUCGCCACGCUGCGGUAACGCGCCCGUUAGGAAUACAAUCUCCGGCUUUGAGCUGCGGCUCGGUCCGCCGGUAACUGAAGGACUUCACCUCUGCCUCGGCUGCCUGCAUGGGAGGACCUAACAGCUGCUCUCCUGUCCUCUCCACUCGCUCUCAUGCCGGGGAGAAAAAAAGAUUUGUCUCCCGAAAACUAACCUCCAAAAACGACGCACGUCUCAAACGCGGACGUCAAGACCAAGUCGCGGGACUAACAGAAGGAAACCUCUAAGCCAACCUGCAGGGCACAGCCCCCUGCCCGCUCCCACCGCACUCCUUCCCGCCACCAGGCAGUGUUGAAGUGCUGAGGUUGUACCGAACAUUUCCUGACACAGUGACUGCAACCAGGAGGUCACCUGAUGGCCUCCCCGGUCACCUGCUCAGAGCUCAGUGUGCCCUCCGCCUGUUGCUGUGAUGAAGACCGCCAGCCGUGCCCAGUCCCAGAGCAGUCCUCCUCUGGUCCAGAUGAGGCACUACGCACCGCGGGUUUACCCCUUCCUGUUCCCCUCCGUCAUCAGCUCCCUGCCUCAGCUGCCACCAGUAUUGCCUCACAGGCUGCAGAUCCAGCAGCCGUCCAGCAGCACACCUUCACCAGUUGCCAUCGAAACGCAGAGCACCAGUUCUGAGGAGUUGGUCCCCAGCCCGCCAUCGCCGCCGCCUCCGCCCAGAGUCUACAAGCCCUGCUUCGUCUGCCAGGACAAAUCCUCUGGAUAUCACUAUGGAGUCAGUGCGUGUGAGGGCUGCAAGGGCUUUUUCCGUCGAAGCAUUCAGAAGAACAUGGUGUACACGUGUCACCGGGACAAGAACUGCAUCAUCAACAAAGUGACGAGGAACCGCUGCCAGUACUGUCGCCUGCAGAAGUGCUUCGCUGUGGGAAUGUCCAAAGAGUCUGUUCGGAAUGACCGGAAUAAGAAGAAGAAGGAAAGUCCGAAGCCAGAACUGGCAGAGAGCUACGAGCUGACGGCGGAGCUGGAGACCAUCAUCGAGAAGAUCCGUAAGGCCCAUCAAGAAACCUUCCCCUCCCUCUGCCAGCUUGGCAAAUACACCACGAACUCGAGUGCAGACCACCGUGUGAGGCUGGACCUGGGCCUGUGGGACAAGUUCAGUGAGCUGGCCACCAAGUGCAUUAUCAAGAUCGUGGAGUUUGCCAAACGAGUGCCUGGCUUUACAGGGCUGACCAUCGCUGAUCAGAUCACACUUCUGAAAGCUGCCUGCCUGGACAUACUGAUCCUGCGUAUCUGCACACGGUACACUCCUGACCAGGACACCAUGACCUUUUCAGACGGACUGACCCUAAAUCGGACACAGAUGCACAACGCUGGCUUCGGCCCGCUCACCGACUUGGUGUUCACCUUUGCCAACCAGCUGCUGCCCAUUGAGAUGGACGACACAGAGACGGGUCUUCUCAGCGCCAUCUGUCUCAUCUCAGGAGACCGUCAAGAUCUGGAGGAGCCCUCCAAGGUGGAUCAGCUCCAGGAGCCACUGCUGGAGGCUCUGAAGAUUUACGUGAGGAAGCGCCGACCAAGCAAGCCACACAUGUUCCCCAAAACCCUUAUGAAGAUCACGGACCUGCGCAGCAUCAGCGCUAAAGGAGCCGAGCGAGUCAUCUCUCUGAAGAUGGAGAUUCCAGGUUCCAUGCCUCCUCUCAUCCAGGAGAUGCUGGAAAACUCAGAAGGACAGGACAGUCAGAUCAGCAGCAGCAGCAGCAGUAGCAGCAGCACGUCCACCGAGGCCGGGGCCAGUCCCAGCACCAAGGACAACGAGUCGCCAGAGUCCUCGGACCCCGACGAGGCCACGCCCCCCCCACCCAGCACCGAGCCCUAGGAGGCACCAGGUGUCUCUUUAACUCGUUCAGACAUUCCUUUGCACAAAAAGAUCAGCCAACAAGGAGCUGACCCUCUAUAACCUCUUUAUUCCUUCUCUUUUGCUUGGUGUAACAUUAACUUUAAAUCCUUCUAUUUUUCUCUCCAAUUUACUCAAAAUUUUUUCUCCUCGAAAAUAAAACAACACGGAGGCCUCAAAGGAUGAGUGCUCUGCGUUUGGCUGUGAGUGGAGCUGUAGUUUGGAGUCAGAACUCAGGAGGAGGGCCCUUGGGGGCCUCCCCAAACACCACAGAUGAUACUCCUCAGGUCUCCAGUGUAAAUUCGUAUCUGCAUGACGGGAGUUUGAUAACGAUUUCUCUCUCUGUGUUUCUCCGUCAUCUCUGUCCAUCAGUGGUACUGCUGGCAUACACACACUGUACAUACCAUGGUAUGGUCAGGCCUCUGUUUGUAGGAUGAGUUUUGUGGUGCUUGUCCCAUCAUGUUGAUUAUUUUCAAGGUUUAAAGCAGAACUAAUUUUAAGUUCUUUUAAAAAAAUAUAUCUAGAAUGUUAUUGCACAUAGAUGUAACUGAAGUCAGACAUUUUCCAUCUGUUUGUAUAUUUAAAACUGCUCUUUAGUCUUGCGUAACGUGUGUGUUGUUCAUGGAUGAGUGUGCAUCCACACCGGCAGAAUGCAGCGCUUCCCUCCAUACCUGCAGCUGAGUCCAUUCAGCUGUUUCCUCAGGGAGGGAAGCAAACAGCAGAGGCUUUGAUACACACUCAUCAGACCGGCCGGGUCAGUCCUGAGCGAGUAGAUUCACACACACGCGCGCACGCACACACAGAGAGGCAGUCUGCCCAGAAAAACAACCGGGACAAGAGGCUAAAACUGUCCGUCAGCUUCAUCAAAAUCUGACACAAUUCUUGCACUUUACUGGUUAAAGUGCACAUUACUGACUUCACAAAAAACCAAAAUCUAUUUUUUUGUAAAGUUUUGACCUGUUGAAAAAGGUUGCUAACGAUUCCAAACUCUGUUUGAGAACUAUAAUAGGAACAGAAAUGUUUUGCUAGCGCAGCAGCAGAGGCACUUAUCUUUAGCAUCAGGAAAAUGCAAUUAAGGCAGCUAGCAUGGUUAGCAUUAGAAAUGAAGCCCUCUAUGUGUUCCAUUGGAACUCAGACAUCAACUUUCUGAAAUCCUGCCAACAUUCACAGACCCAACAUGUUCCUUGACAACAGGCUGGAAAAGAAAGAGGAAAAAAGCCUUUGUUCAGCCUUCCUGUUAUCUGCUGAAAGUCUUGCUCUGUCUUAGAUCCUAAUAGAACUGCAGACUUAAUCCUACCAGGGCUGCACUGAUUUCAGUUAUCUUUAAAAAUCCUCACCUCCCGAUUCCGAUUUUGACCGAUACCAAUAUUUUUGUCUGAAGAGUCACUAAAUAUAGAGACAAAGUUUCUAAGUUGUCAACAGUGGAGCGAGUACUGCUAACCGCUAGUGUGCAGAUGUGACCCCUUUGGUUGACAGUAGCUGCUCAGAUUGCCAGUCAUCCGAUUUAUCGACCGGCCAGUUUAUUAGUUCACCUCUAGUCACUACCUCUCUGCCUGGAGAGCACUGUUUCAUGUUUAUGGAGCUUCAUACUACUCUUCUGACUUAAUCUGAAACUAACUGACCAUGUUUGAGUCUUCUCCAAGUAGAAACAUCCACACCAUAUGGAGUAUGGAUGGAUUUCUAACAGGCACACCACAGCCGAUCAAUCUGAAGAUCAUCUGGUUCUGGUUACCAGCUGAUGUAUCGAUGAUUCUCUGGGACAAAACCUUUCAUAUCAGGGCUGAAUGAUUCAACUAUGUUCAUCUGGAAGGAUUCAGCUAUCUCAUCUGUAAAAAUGAGAUAGCUUCUUUUUUUAUUAUUGCAAAACAAACAAAUUAGGUGAGAUUUAGGACUAUUCCUAAUCUAGGUCAUUGUUCCAACCAGAUCCAACCCAAAACCCUGGUCCGCUUUCAUAGUAAAUGUUUCUGCCUCAGUGAUCAAACUGUUGUUUUUUUUUCUUCCAUUCUGACAUCAGCCUGCAGCUGGUUUAUAUUUCCCAGAAUGAAGUCGGCCUAAUGAGUGUGUAUCUGCUGCUGUCGACGGCGCCAGAGCUCUGCUGUGGCCUUAUGAACAGAGCUCUGCCUCUCACCUUCCUCCUCCCUCAUAAAGUGUCUUGUUUACACCAGUGAAACACGGGGGGCAAUGCAAUCCUUAAACACACGAAACACCGGAACACCGGGCCUCAUGGGUCCGGAUGAUUGUAGCUGACGCAGAAAGCACACUGUGGGCUGGGAUCUGUAGCUCUGCUCCAAAUGUUUGCCUUGCUCUUCUGACCUGACUGUGUAAGCUUUACCUAACGAUGCAAAAGGAGAUUCCAGAUGACCUCUGACCCCUCCAGACGGCCAGCCGAGUAAACGCUUCCUUUGGGAGGCGAAUCCGGCUGAGCUGGUAUGGAGGCGUUAGGAGGUUCCUCUGAAACUAAAACAUGAUCCUGGAGAGCUGCCUUUCUUCACAGCCAAGGUCACAUGUGAAGCUGAACCAUAAGAAAAAAGACACUGUUAUGUCUUCCUGAAGGACCCAGACCCUCCACUGCCUCAGGGUCCAUCAGCUCUGAUGUGGUAAUCCGUAUCUCAGCACAGAUGAUAUUUUUUAAUGCAUUAACCAAAAGCAAUACUUUUUCAUUUUGGAAAGAGUCAUAUUCACUUCUUUGUUGACAGUAAAGUGACUGAAUGUUGUUUUAAAGUCUGUUUUGCUGAAGGAAACGUUUUUUUAAAGCAGAAUUUCCACUGAAGAUCUAAAAGGAAAACAUCGACUUCGCUGCACAAAAUUAACAAGAAAGAAACUUCCACACUACCACAUCUCACCCGGUUAGAGUUAAAGGAAUGGAUUGGAUUUUGGGAAGUGGGGUUAUGGUGAGAGAUUGUGGGAAGAAAAUAUCUCACCUGAAGUUGAUGGUUAUAUUAGCGCCUACACUUCAGUGAAGCAGAGCUUCGUUUUAGAGCUAAACAGAGCUAGUCAUGUCUGAUCCAAAACACCAGGACAUAAGUGCCUUCAAACAACUCCAAUCUCUAAAUGUGACAGCGGGGCUUAAAAGGAACUUCAUUUACCACUUAGAAUAGAACAGACUUUAUUGAUCCUAAAAAGGGAAAUUGCUUAUUUGUUGUUGACUCCACCCAAAAGUGUUAAAUAUUACACUUCAGAUGCUUAUGGUUAUACAGAUAUGACCAUAAGAUUCUGAAGUGCAAUAGUGUGAUAUUAUGAAACCAGUUUCAUAAUAUCACAGUAUGUAGACCGCUGGUAAAAAAAAAAAUACCACAGUUU